UGGCUGGUAAAUCUCUCUUUUCUAUCCCAGCCGACCCGUGACGUGCUCGUUUUUUCAGUUUUAAACGUCUUCACCAGCGGUCAAAGUCGAAACGCGAACGCGCGCCAGGACUGCCAAACCCGCCUCCCUAAUUCCCUCUGAAAAAUGAGAUCAUAUAAAAAGAGAGUAGUGGGGCUCUUCGCCAUAGCUCCCGUGAGGCGCAGAAUCUCGGAUUUUGGACUCUGUCCCAAGGGCAGCCAAAAUAACUCCCAAAGCUGGAGCGCUGUACCUCAACAAAAUUUCUCUCGUGCAGUCGCGCGUUCUACAAGUUUUCAGCUUUGUCGCGCGGGAACGGAAUGGGCACGUUCACUCGGGCAAAAUCAAUACCCAACGCCCUUUGCCACACGGUCGAAUGAAACCCCUACCUACAAAUGAAACCGCGGUUUAGCCUCAUAGCGUAGCUACACCCGCACCCUUACGUAGCAUUCCCUCGGAGCUACUACGCGUGAAGCCGUGAACAGCUCUAGGUUCGUUUAACCCGCGCGAGAGACUUAAAACUGACGCCUCUCGUCGCCAUGGCUUUUUCGCGAGGAUGAAAACCGCCUCAAAAUGGAGGAGGAAAAUUUUCGAUUGCAACCUGAUUGGAUCAAGGAAGUCCAAGCCAAACAUGUGCUCCAUUGGAACUACAGGGGGUUUGUGGAAGUUCCGCGGGAACUGCAGCACGCUGGCGAUCAGCUGGAGGAGAUCUACAUGAAGUGGAACUACAUCAGUCAGCUGCCUAGCUGGUUCACUGCCAUUGAUCACCUGACAAAUUUGUACUUGUUCGGCAAUGAAAUAUCUUAUUUACCGGAAGAACUGGGUUCGAUGACAUCAUUGUCUGUCCUCGAUUUUGGUCACAAUCAGCUUACCAAUUUGCCUGCAUCAAUAGUCAAACUAACACAUCUACGCUGUCUUUCUGUCGAAUUCAACUCUCUUACCCAGCUUCCCAGUGAUAUUGGAAAACUGAAGAAAUUAGAACACUUAAAAGUCAACGGAAACAAACUAAAAUACCUGCCAAAUUCUAUUAGUCUUUGUGAAAAUCUCUCUGAAUUAAUCGCUGAUUUGAAUCACUUGAAGUUCUUACCACAGAAUAUUGUAUAUUUGCCGAAACUAAAUUUUCUCUCAGUGAAAAGUAAUCAACUCCGGUUCAUGCCAGCAGUUGCAUUUUUCAAAAGCCCCAUUGAAGUGCUAGUGGAGGAUAAUGAAUAUCUGAACUAUCUGUCGUUCGAUAUGAGUUCAUUCAUCGCAAAUUCUCGCAUACAGAUGGGGCGUGAUGAAGUUUUUGAUUUUUGUAACAGGAAAGAGAAGUCGUCAUCUCCAAGUGAUCAAAAUUUACACCUCAUCAGUAACUCCAUCCACCUAAAAAAUUCAAAUGAAGAGGUAGUCCUACCGCCAACCUUAAACAAACUUCAUGGGCAUGCAAAUAAAGGCUGCAUCAUAUCCCUCCAAGAAUACUGUCUACGAAUAGUGUACUCAAUGAUUUAUCGGUUGAAUAGACUAAACAGCAGUUGUCUUCAAAAUCAAAUAUCCAACAUACUUCCGGUGAACAUUACCAACUUAUUUUUAGACGGACCUACAGCUUUGUGUCACAGGUGCAAAAAACCAAUAUUCAGAGAAGCCAUUAUGAUCCUAUUUUCACGUGCCAUACCAUUGAUGAAUUUAAAUUUGAUAAAAAAAAUGAAAUUGACUGUGUUUUUUUGUGAAAGGUCUUGUUAUUAUGAAUCUGAUUUUUUGGAAAAAGAUAGCAUUCUGCAGAGGGAAAUUGAAUGGGUAUCAUAGUGUUUCCUUUCUAACUCCCACAACAAAUUGUUUGUCACUAAAUGUUCAAGUAACUAUAAAAACCUUUGUUGAGUAUUCAAUCAUUUUUAAAAAAGAAAACGCCAUCAUGUGACAGUGCAACUCAUUAAUCCAACUAUUUGUUCUAUGUUCUCCCUGCACGAUCAUUUAACUUUGUGCAAAGCCGCAUAAUUAGAUCUGUCCAUACUAAAAAGAAUUAUGUGCCAAAAAAUUAAAUAAAAGGAAUAAAUAAGCACUCAGACUAUACAUAUAGUUCCUCUUGUGUGAUUUAUAAUUCAUUUUCAUAUAGUUAUUUUUAUCCUAGGUAUAUCCAACUAAUAGUAAAGGCAAUUGGAAACAAUACAAGAUGCUGUUUCUGUGUCAAAUCAUCUUAAGGAUGGCUAAAGUAACACGUAUCUCUGAUUUCGACAUUGCAAGUUUCAGCUCAUUAUAUUUAUUAACAUAUAUAUUUUUUAAAAAAACAAACCAACAUUAUUUUUCCUACAUUUUCCAUUAAUUGUUGUCACUCACUCAGUAAAGUUCUCGGACAGUCUCAAAGAGGUAUUGAGUUACUUCUUUUGUGACAAAAUGAAGUAUAAUCAAAGAUUUUUCAACUUUGCAAUAGAGCUACACAGUUUUCAACUUUAGUCAAUAAUAUUUUUCCUCCCUGUCUUCUCAAAAAAUCAUGAGUUUUUAUUUUGGCAUGGAUUUUUCAUUUGUCAUGGUGACAUCUUCCAAAAAUAAGUAGAAAACUUGAGGUUUUUUGUAGAAUAUCAAAUCUAUCAAAUCUUUGUUAACUGUGUGAUCCUUCCAGUCAGUUGUUUUCUUUUGUUUGUCUUAAUUUUUUUCCAAAUGCAUACAAAUGUUCUGUGCAAUGAGAAUUUAGUUCAUAUUUGAAUGCCUAGUGGCCAGUUGUAGAUGUGAAAAAGACUUUUAGGACUCUAAAAAUUCUCACUAUGUUGAAAACAUUAUCCAGAAUUUAUUACAAUGCCACGGCUAGACUCGCUGGGGCUGUAUAAUUUAACUGUCUUCAAUUUUAUGGUGCUUCUUAAUUUUUAGUAUGCUGGGAGGAUGGGUGUUAAAAUCAAAAUAAUGUGUGAAGAAAAUUGUAAGAGUAAACUUCUGGAAUUAAUUAUUUAAAUUUUUAAACCUGAAAGUUACAUAGUUACUUAGGUUGUUAUUCUCAUGAUUUUUUCUUUAAAAUUUUAUUGAUGUUAUUAUGUUCUAAAUCAAUUUAUCUUAUCUGCCUAUCUACACUUUGGCUGUCUGCUUAUCAUUGUUAGGACCUAGAUGUUACUUCUUUUUGUUUUUCUUAAAGUAUUUAUGAAUAAAUUUAUUUUUGAAAAUGUUA